AUGUCACUACUUGAUAAAUUAGAUGCCUUGUAAAUUUCUAUUUUAAAGGAAGAGCUAGAAGAAGGCAGAUUACCUUCAAUUGAAUAGAGUUUAUUACAAGAUCCAGAUGAAUAAAAGUAUCCAGUAGCCACUGAUCAAAUAGUUGAGACGCAUAUUGUUAUUAAGCAGCGUAAAACUCAGCUUGGAUCAAAUGAUGAAACUUCGAAGGCUUCGAAAUAGAGAGAAAAUGGUAUACUUGAUUCUUCAUAAGAUAGAAGUCUGUAAGGACCGACUCUUUAGAGAAUUGACAAAGAUAAAUCAGUUCUUGUUAAGUUACCCUUAAAACAAUAAAAAAGAACUCAGAAGAUUAGGAAAGAUGAAAAGGAAGCUAACAAGACUCCUAAAAAUACAUUUUCUCAUUAUGAAUUCACUAAAAAUAAUCCAUAUUCUACCUAAAAUAAUAUAUCCGACAACUAAUCCCCUUAAAAAUUGCAAAGGGCUUAGUCUAAUGACUUUGGAAUUAAGAUAAAUCAUAACAAGAAAAGGAAGAAGGGCAAAGACAGAAAUAGAAUAUCAGGAGGGGGUGAAAAAAUUAAGAUAGACAAGUGCAAACUUAAAAGAGUGAAAUCAAAUUUUAAUGAGAGCAACGAUAAACUCUUAAACUUUGGAAUUGAAAGAAAUGGUUCCAGCUUCUCUUUAGAUAGCAAUAAUAGUGCUUUUAAAAAGAGCUGCUUGCCCAAUGAAUAGCGAAAAACUUUCCGCAGAAGUUCCUUAAGUGGAACUAAAGUAAGGUUUAACUAGGAAGUUGGGCCUUAUAAAGAGUAGGACGAAGAGGCUAAAAUUGAUGAAAAUAGACGAAAAUAUAAAAAGGGAUCAAACAAUGCUCAUAGUGAUAUUUUAAUUCAUCUUCAGGUGCAGCUUAGACCAAAGAAGAUGGCUUAUAUUAAGAAAACAGAUCCUGUGGGGUACAUGCCCUAUCAUCGCUUGUUUCUCUCAGAUAAAAAUCAAUAAAAAAUUUACCUUACGUCAAUACAUAACUGUCGCAGCAUAUAGUAGACACUUAAAGAAGGUUUAAAGGAGAGCAAAUUAAACAUUUUAAAAUAAAAAUUAACUAAAGUUGCUAAAACAACCUAGUACAAUCAGAAUAUGAACAUCUAGUAGCUUAAAAAUGAGAUUAAAUAACAGAGUAAAAAGACAAUAGUAUUCAAUUUAGAGUAAACAAUCCUAUAAGUAAUAUUAAGGGAUGUUGAAUUAUCUGGCUAUGAUGCCUCAGCCUACGUAAAUCUUUUUGGGAAAAAUUCAUUUAAGCUCUAUCUAAGUUAUAGACCUUACUUGAAAGAGAUGCUAGGUGAGUUAAAGGAUGAUUUUGAGCUGAUUCUUAUGGGAACAAAGGAUUAGCAAUACGUUGAAAAAAUUGCAGCAACUCUUUAGAAAGAUGAACAGUAUUUUGAUUUUCUGAUAAAUAAGGAAAUGCUGUAUACUCAUCCUGAUCUUGGACAUCACACCUUAGAUCUCAAUAUUCUACUAGGUUCGAGAGACUUGAAAGAUAUUAUAGUAGUUUCACAUAGCUGUGAGCGGCAUCUUUUCCAGUAUGGAAAUGGUGUACCCGUGAGAGACUAUUCUGGCUGUAAAAAAGAUCUUUCAUUUUUCGCCCUUACUAAAUAUCUCAAAUCGUUUAAGGACGUUAUUGAUGUCCGCACCAAAAUAGCUGAAGACUUUGGAUUAUGA